AUGACGACGACUGAGUCUGUCAUGGAUGUCGCAGAGCGCGGACAAGUGCCAGUAGGAGCCAAGACACAUUCUUCGUACGAGCCACUCAAGGAAAUCAUGGCACUCUAUCCUCGACAAUCUGGGCCCAUCUUUCACAGCUAUACAGACCUAACGCAUGCAGCUCGGUGGGAAGAGAUGACCGCGGUAGACCUAGGAAAGGAAAAGCAGACUCGCCUGCAGAGGGUCUCUGGCUCAGGGUGGGCGGGACUGAUUGGUAGACGGCCUGGUGGAAAGAAGCUCGAAGCAGUAAUCCCUUGUCACAUCGCAGAUACCCUCUCCACCUCUUUCUUCGACGGCAUCUACAGCGCUCUCGCCACCCUUUCUUCUUCAGAAGAGCGCUUCGAAGAAUUGGAGACGGAGCACAUCCUCCUUGCCGUCCUCUCGCCAGACUCGACAGUGGUGUACUACAAGCUGGCAAAGGGAUUGGUCAAGCCUGUCAAUUGAGUCAAAGAAUCUCAAGCAGCACGACGCUUGGAGAACAUCCGUAAAACACAGGUCUCUACAGGAGAUUCAGUAUACCCAGCCCCCUUCAGCGCUCGCGGCGCUUAGCAGCGCAGCGGUCGAGAAGCCGCCGUGCU